AUAAUACACUGAACCUGUGCUCUCUUUUUUUUUUUUUUUCUUUUCACCCCAUUACCCUUCCCAAUUUGUAGGGUUCAACAUCCCCCGUUUCUCUUUCUACCUUUUUUGUCUUUGUUUUGGCUAACUCGUACAAGGCAUGGAACAGGACAAGAAACAAAAAAAGAAUGCACGCAAAAGCUUUGCCGUGGCAACAAAUGCCAUCAAGAUGGUGUACCCGUCAUCGCGGCCGCCUUAUGAUCCUCAAUUGGAACAAAUGGUCUAUUCACAGUCAACAGUCGUGGAUACGAUCAUGAAGGAUUCGAGCGAUGAUUUGGGACGAUUCAUCACGUAUUUACGGCAACGUGUCGAAUUGGAGGAAGGAUAUCAGACUUCUUUGGAUAGAAUUCUCGGCUCAUUGCAGCAAGGCAAGCCAUCUUCGUCGUCGUCGUCGUCUUCAGCCUCAGGGGCUAAUGGUGCACCCUCAUCGCCACCACGCGAUCCAAAACAAACAACAACAUUGUAUCACGGUUUCAUGGCGCAUGUCGACACGAGUGUUCACCAACGACCAUUACGAAUACAAUACAUACAGGCCAUCAAGGGUCAGCUACAAGCCCUUGCUGAACUCAAGGUAAGAUUAUGUGCUACCUGGAAUUUUAUUAAUAUUAAACCGUUCAACUGGGAUUCAAAAAAGAAGCUUUUUUUAACUUGAUUAAUUCCAGGAACAACAUGAUCGUACAAGGCGGAUCCACCGGAAAAACAUGCGCCAUAUGAACACACAGUAUCUUCAAACUCGCAUGUACGAAUUACCAGCAGUAAG